UGUAUAUGGAGAACUUUGAGGAAGCACUGGGGUCUAUUCCCAAUCCUCUACGUCUUCGGUUGAGAUGUGUAGAUGGCACGUUCACCAUCUGCCACAGGGACCACAUAACUGCCAUCACUGAUUUUAUCAACAGCCAAGACCGUAACAUCAAGUUCACUAGAGAGCUGGACGAAAACCAUUCUGUUGCUUUUCUGGACUCAUCAAUCACACAUGAGAGCGACGGCUACAGGAAGGUCACACAUACCAACCAAUACUUCAACUUCUAGUCGCACCACCCGCUGCAUCAAAAACUGGGGUUCGUAAGAACUUUCAAACACAGGUCCAACACGAAUGUGACUAAGGAAGGAAAAGAGAAAACUCUAGGGAACAAGACACUGGAUGAAGCUCUCGCUGUGUGUGGUUACCCACCUUUGGCCUUGAAAAAACUGCGUCGGGUCAGGACAGAGGUGAUUAACUGUGAGCCAACAGAUACAGUCAGUAAAGAAACAGCUGUGAUCCUCCCUUAGCGUAAAGGAAUUUCAGAGAAAGUGUGCAGGGUCUAUGAAAGGAAUAGCGUCAACACGGCUUUUAUACCCCAGCGCACAUUAGAAUAACACCUUGUAAAGCCAAAGAACAAGCCCCUCAAGAACAACGCUGUGGGACCACAUAUAAGAUCAAUUGCCAUGACUUGAAUUCUUUUUACAUUGGUGAGACAGGUUGACAGAAGAAGACCAAGGUAAACGAACAAAGGAAAUCGGUGACUGUAGAAAAAUCAUCAGUGCCAUUUCUAAACAAGCAACAGGGAUUCAACCAAAAUCCUUGAACUUGAGUUAUCUGAUAUGCCACGCAUGGUACGAAAGGCUGUCAACAUUAGACGCCACCUGCCACCCAUGAAUAGG